AUGGAUGGCCUUCGAGCCACUCUCAGUACAUGUUCUUCUUUGCUAUCUAUCUACUUCACCCUCUUAACGUAUAAAGGGAUUGGACUCUGGGACACAAAGAACAAGUUGGCAGUGAAUUUUUUGCCUUGGGCUUUGGCUGUGCUCACCAUGUAUUCGAGGGCGUAUUUGGGUUACCAUACUAUGUAUUUGGCUGUUCUUACCAAAUUGCCCCUCCACAAAUAUCAGAAGUUGAGAAUUGUCCUUGAAUUGCUUCAAAUUGAAACCACAUUGGCAAAAGUGAUCAAAUUGAAACCACAAAUAUCUUAG